AGUCAAAACGUCACAUUCGGAGUUCUUUUUUAGCCCAUCUUUUGUGGAUUGCACGUGGUUAAAUAAUAUUUAAACUAUUAACAAAAUUACAUAUAUAUGGGAUAAAGCGAUUUAAUGACCUAUCUUUUUAGAGAAUGGCAGCAACUAAGAAACAAAAGAAAGCCAUCGAGAGCAUUAACAGCCGUUUGGCUCUAGUAAUGAAGUCUGGAAAAUAUUGUCUAGGAUAUAAGCAGACAUUAAAGACUUUGAGACAAGGAAAAGCUAAGCUUAUUAUCAUAUCCAACAACACUCCUUCACUAAGGAAAUCGGAAAUUGAAUAUUAUGCCAUGUUGGCCAAAACGGGCGUACACCAUUAUACUGGCAACAAUGUAGAAUUAGGUACAGCAUGCGGAAAAUAUUUCCGAGUCUGUGCUAUGUCCAUUACAGAUCCAGGCGAUUCUGAUAUAAUCAGAUCGAUGCCCUCAGGUGAUGGCGGCGCUCCUCAAUAAAUUUAAGUUUUUUUUUAAUUUUAUGACCUAAAUAAAGUACUUUAUAAAUUA